ACCAAUAUAGGCAGGGGGUACCCAGUAUACGAAACAAGUGCCUCUGGGAGGAUCUAUGAUAUUUGGUGGACUAUGAGUAUGAAUAUUAGUGGCAGAACUGUAGCGGCCUCUUAGUCUUUGUUAUGGUCAAGGACUGCAGGAAUUUGGCUAUAAACCAGACGCUAAUAAGAAAUCCCUUCUUUAGGGCACCGCAAAGCGGAGCGUCCACUUAAAGAGCAUCAGCAUUUGACAUCGAUCCGGAUGCAAAUUACGUCACUCUGGAAAUGGCACUUGCAGAAAAUCUUAACCGUGCAAUUAUAAGCGGAGAUCUUCCGCAAGUACAGAAACUGGUUAAAGAAGGUGCAGCAAUGGAUUUCCUAUUGGGUAUGCGUGGAACAGCAUUGUGUGCUGCUCUGUCAGCAAACCAAAGCAGCAUCGCCCAAUUCCUCAUCGAAGCGGGGUGUGGAGUUAAUGUAGAAGACUACGAUAAAGAGCCACUGAUUUUCCUGGCGAUCAGCAAGAAAUGUUUCGAUGUGGUACACAAACUGACGCAGCAUCCCAAAUGUAACCUAAACAAGUACGACCCACUUACCAACGUAUCACCACUAGCUCUUGCCGUCAAAAACAACCACCAAAAUGUCAUCAGGUGGUUCAUACAGGCUGGGGCGGAUCUCAAUGUGACGGACCACGCUGACAAUACUGCUUUACAUAUUGCAAUAUGUGAUCGGAAUUACGAAGUGAUGAAAAUGUUAGUUAAAGGUGGCUGUGAUUUGUUGAAGAAUGACUCGAAUGGAAAAUAUCCGAUGCAUCUGAUUGCCAGUAAAGGGGAUAUCAGGGCUAUGAGAAUUUUAUUACAAAACUGGGUAGAGGAAACAGACACAAUAUCGACGGUAUUUUCUAAUUAUCCCUUUUCUUCCAAAAUGGAUAGGGAGUAUGUUAGCCAGGUUCUGAAUAAAGCGACCAAAGCCGGCCAAAGCACCAGCACUCCUUUACAUUUUGCGAUUUCAAAUGGUCACAACGCAGUGACCAAAUACCUGCUCAGGUACGGUGCGUCACCCAAUGAAACCGACGACAACUUAACGGAAUCCCCUCUUCUCGCAGCUAUAUACUCCAUGUCCUCCCACGUCGGUCAGAUUGACGGUACUACAGUGUCAUGGCUGUUACAGGCUGGGGCUAACCCCAAUGCUUGUGGUAAAUUGACGUCAUCAGCUUCUGUAUAUUCUUACAUUGAGACUCCCGUAAUGCUCGCAUGUCGUUUAAAUAAUGUUGAAGCCCUUGACAUUCUACUAUCUCAUGGUGCAAAAAUGGAUAUAAGAAACGAUGAAAUUGGACAUGUCAGCAGAAAGAGUCUUCUCUCUAUUUCUUUUUCACACAAUGCCAUUGAAACUGCACGUUUUCUCAUCAAUGGAUGCGGUGUAUUGGAUGCCAAAGAUAACGUCAGUAAUUCGGAACCAGAUGAAAACUUACUGAUGGCUCUAGGAGACAUGUAUCACCCAGAAGUAGAAGAGUUUGCUAAAGCUGUGAUUACCAAUGAUAAUCCGGGUGAAUCAGACCUACAGGAAUCUCUUAUCAAUUCUAUUAUGAAAAACAACAUCCAUCUUGCUGUUCCCUUGUUACAGCAUGGAGUGGACGCCAAUAACGUGAACUCAGAUGGCUACUGUGCCAUUCAUCACUGUGUCAAAUUCGCAAAUAAAGACUUUUUACUGAAACUUCUGCAAAACGGGUCUGAUAUCAAUAUAACAACCGCUGAUGGACUGAGCCCCUUAGAAAUGUGUUUGGAAUAUUUUGACGAAGACCACUUGGACAUGACGUAUUUUCUGAUUGAGGCAGGAUGUGUUAUUCCAAAUAAGUUUCAACUUUAUCCCGAGGAUGAGAGUGACGACAGUGAAUCUGAAUCAGAUGAGGAGUGUGAUACGUUUUUCGAUGACGCUGAUUAUCCUGCAGCCUUCAUGGAGGACAAGCACCUGCGAACUAUUGUGACGUCAUUGCAGAAUCACCCACAGCCACUUCUACAGCGAUGUCUCCACGUGUUACGCAUGCACUUUGCGCACAACCACCUGCCAUUUAUUUCCAUGAGACGACUUCCAUUACCUAGAAAACUUUUAGAUAUGCUUAUGUUUGAAACUUUCCAAAAGAGUUUUAGAAUUUCUUAGAUUUUGGUUGCUUUUUGCUGUGUUCUAUUUAAGAUAUUUUUUAUUACAAUAAAGAGUGUUGUUUUAAAGGUUA